CUUGACGUCAACGUGACGUCUUCAGCUUUUGUGGCGUAUUUUCAGCAUGUCUCGUAAAAUCAAUAAACAAAAUAACCUAAACGAAAUGAGAUGAGUGCAAGUGUUUUCUUUCUUUAAAAAGGUAUAGUGAAAAUGGACAACAACAGUGAUUAUGACGACAAUGAAAUACCUAUUUGGCAAGAACCGAGACGAGAGCCUUUGGGCGCUCCAAAGGAAACUUUAUGUGACGAAAAUCAGCCAGAACAGGAAAAUGGGGACAGAAUACACGCUUUGGAGGAAGAGCAGGAAAUUCUAUCAUCUUCGGUGUUUUCCUUGACGUCCCAUCUCGCUCAAGUGGAGUUCCGUUUGCGACAAAUACUGAAAGCGCCACCGGAAGAGAAAGAUGUUAUGCUAAAGGCUCUUGAAGAGUUUACAUCGCGAGGAGUGUCUGAUACGAGGGCUGCACCUCAAGGGAGCUCCGGGGAGCCUAGUUGUAGUGAGUGUUUGGAGUUAGAACGAAAAAUGAGAAAACAACGCGCUCGACAAUCGCACUUUAUUGAACGGUUGAAAGCCCAACUAAAAGAGUUGGAAAGAUUCGCGACGGACCCCAACUGCCUCGGUGAAAGUAAACAUAGAACGCUAAUAGAACAUCUACGGAGUGAAAUAGACCAAAGUUUGGAAGAAGGCUGCCAUCAACCCUUGAAUGUGGAUGAGCUAAGACACCAAAUCAAUUGUGCAGUCAAACAGUAUGCGGAUAGGCAGUUAUCUAAGGAUGAGAUAAUAAGUAAAUUACAGGUGCACAUUGACGACAUGCAGAAAUUCAUUAAGUUGAUGAAAACUGAAGAAUUAAAAAAUAAUGAUAUUAAAACUAAACCACCAACCCAUAAAGUUAAAUCGGAAACUUUUGAAAAGAAUUUUAAUAGGAAUAAAACAAAUGAUGAUCUGAAAGCAGAAACUAUAAAUUUGAUGAGGAAAGCAUCAACAUUGAUUCAAAUAUUUACAGUAUCACAGUUUGGCUGCUCUCCGAAUACGAGUAGAAAUUAUGAAAAGAAAUCUUCUACCAUAGUUACACACUGGGGAAACUUGAGAGCUAAGUUAGAAAUGUCAAUAGAUGCAGUUCUUCAUUUAGUAUCAAGAGACAGAUCCUCACAUACAAUCAUUGACAGUUAUGACAGUGAGUCUGAAGAGGGUGGAAUUGUUAUCAAUGAUGCUCCAUUAACAACAGCUGUUCGCCGCCACUUGGCUGUCAACUUGAGAGAUUUACUCCACCAUGGUUUAACAGGUCCAGAUUCCACAUCCCUAGUGCCUCUAAUAGGCUGCUUUCCAGUAAGGAAGUCAUCUUCCAGCAAUGCUCCACAUUUUUGGGAGUUGAUAUUACGUUACUACGAGCUAAAUGAUGGAGAUCGUUUCAACUCGACGCCUGCUAGAAAAUUAAGCCAGAGCUUUAACUUAGAUAUAGUUGGUGGUACAGCGAUUACUAACAAGCAGAGUUUGCUGAGUGCUAUCGGGAGCAUUCUAGCGUCUCACAUGCCUUACAAGAGAAGUUACGAUGCCCACUUUAAAGCAUUUGUUUGUGCUGCUUUAAAUGCUCACAAACUUGUUGUUUGGCUCAACAUCAUGCUAAAAAGCAGAGCUCUGAUUGAUGCCUACUAUUCUUCAACUAGUUACGUUGUUAACACUGGUUUUCAAGACACAUUGCAGAGUCUUGACCGUCUGACCCCAUACAAUUUUGACUUGCCUGUUGAUCUUGCUGUAAAGCAAUUUCAGAACAUUAAGGAUGUGUUUAUGUAAUUUUAAGAGUACACUUUUAUACAUAAUCAAACAUUUAUGAUGCCUUCCACAACUGAUUUUGCUGUAGCCUAAUUAUUCUAGUCUAUAUACUUAGAAUAAUAUUGUAUUAUCGUUAAAAUAGUUAAUAUAGGUAGUAUUUCACUGCCUGUCAGAUAUUUGUGUGACAGUCUGGUAAAAUAUUGUGCUACCAAUUGAAGUUGGUUACAAUGUAUUUGAUAAGUGGUGGAAUAAUUAUUUCAUUUAGUUGUUUUAAUGAUUUAAGGUCCAUUGAAAGACUUCUGAUGCAGUAUAGGGUUCUUUAAAUGACAUUAGUAACUAGAUAUUUGUUUAUCAUUUUGUGUUUUUAAAACUCAUAUAAUUUAUUUUGGUCUCAAUCCUUUUUUUGCAAGUACAAAUUCGUAAGUUUACUUAGAAAUUUAUAUUUUUUUUAUUUUAUUUUAAUUUAACAUUCUUUCUGAGUACAUUCCAGAUCUGGUUAGAAUAUAAAUUAAUGUGAUAAAAUGUAUCAAAUUAUACCAAAGAUUUACCAAUUAUUGAGAGUAUUAAACUUUGUAUAUUGUGCAAAUGUAUUAUUAUAGCAUAUUACAUAUAAUGUAGAUGAAGCAUG